CCAGAGCGCCAGGGGCUGGGACGUUUCAAGCAAAGCCUAUUGGUGAAGGAGUUUCUGUGUGAGCUUUCUUAAAGAACCACUUCCUUUUUACUCCCGAUUCUGCGUGGGAAUGUAUACCAAGCAGUUUCCUCUAAGAGACCAGAAGGUUUGCAUAGUUCUUCUGCUUCUAUGAGAAGAGAAGAAAUGCUGCUACAACAUGUUAUGGCUGUAACUGUUGCAUUUACCUGUAUUUUGGAAAGUUAGUUUUCUGUUUUCUGAGAUGCAUAACUCAGAAAAGGAUGAAGAUGACUCAAAUAGAAGUGUUGUUGCUGCCCAUGAAAAGGUUCCUUCUGGAAUCUUGUCUCAGACUAUGAACUACGUGGGGCAACUUGCAGGCCAGGUGCUGGUUACUGUGAAGGAGCUGUACAAAGGCAUUAACCAGGCAACCCUUUCGGGGUGCAUCGAUGUCAUUGUGGUCCGGCAGCAGGACGGGACGUUCCAGUGCUCCCCCUUCCAUGUCCGCUUUGGGAAGCUCGGUGUACUGCGCUCCAAGGAGAAAGUGAUUGAUAUAGAAAUUAAUGGCGAUGCUGUUGAUCUUCAUAUGAAAUUGGGUGACAAUGGAGAAGCUUUCUUUGUGCAAGAAACCGAGGAGGAAAAUGAAAAAGUUCCCGCUUAUUUGGCAACAUCUCCAAUACCCACUGAAGAUCAGUUUUUUAAAGACACUGACAAUCAUUUGAAAUCAGGUGAAAAUGAGAGGACAUGUGCAAAUUCAGAAAUUCCACACUCUGGAGAAACAGAGACUGUAUUCACCCCAGGUUCUGUGAAAAAGAAAAAAAGAAGAAGGAAGAAAUAUAAACAAGAUAGCAGGAAAGAAGAUCAGAUCUCUUCUGCUGGGUCUGAAGAGAUUUUCGAAAUGGAAAUUAGCUCAGAUGAUGAGAAAAGUGUACAGCCCCUAAGAGGAUCCUCAAAUUCAUCACCAAAGGGUGAAGAACAAAAAGAAUCUUUGAUUUAUCAUUCGAAGGACCAUUACCCCUUAUCUGAUGGAGACUGGUCCCCUCUGGAGAACCCUUUCUCUGAGCAAGUCUGCCCUAAAAGUGAUUCAGAACUAGAAGUUAAGCCUGCUGAGAGCUUGCUCAGAUCUGAAUCUCACAUGGAAUGGACAUGGGGAGGAUUCCCAGAGUCAACCAAGAUAAGUAAGAAGGAAAAACUGGAACAUUGCAGAACAGCUACCAUUACUCCAUCAGAGAAGACUCAUUUUAGGGUCAUCCUCAGCUCUGAUGAAGUUGAAGACGAUGAUGAUGUGAAGGAUUCUGUCUGUACAGUACUGAAACCUGAGCCAAGAACUCAUCCUCUCCUUAAGCAGAUGGAUGUUAAAGACUCUCUUGCUUCUGCAAUCGUAGAACCACAAGUUCCAUUGCCAUUGGAUGGUGAUCAUCAUUCCAGAAUAUUGAUGGAUCCUUUACCAGAAACAAAACCAACAGCAAAAACUGACUCUCCUUCAAAAAAGAAAGGGGUGCACAAGCGAAGCCAUCAUCAAGGCCCUGAUGAUAUUUACUUGGAUGACCUAAAGGCUUUGGAACCUGAAGUUGCAGCACUCUACUUUCCCAAAAGUGAUUCUGAUCCUGGCUUCAGGCAGUGGACAGAGUCAGAUACCCUUUCUGGUUCCCAGUCACCCCAAUCCGUGGGAAGUGCUGCUGCUGAUAGUGGUACAGAGUGCAUGUCUGACUCUGCUAUGGACUUGCCUGAUGUUACACUGUCACUUUGUGGAGGUCUCAAUGAAAAUGGAGAGAUUUCUAAAGAAAAAUUCAUGGAACAUAUCAUUACUUAUCAUGAAUUUGCUGAAAACCCUGGACUCAUAGACAAUCCUAAUUUGGUAAUACGGAUUUAUAACAGGUAUUAUAACUGGGCAUUGGCUGCUCCGAUGAUUCUGAGUCUGCAGGUCUUUCAGAAGAGUUUGCCUAAGGCUACUGUUGAGUCUUGGGUCAAAGAAAAGAUGCCAAAGAAGUCUGGAAGGUGGUGGUUCUGGCGCAAGAAAGAAGGCAUGACUAAGCAGAUACCAGAGGCAAAAGAGGGGAAAACUGAGACGCAAAGAGCAAAUGAACUGCCAGCAACUAUAAAAGAGCAAGUUAAUAGUAGGCCUCCAGAGGAUGAUUCUUCUAGUGAUGAAGCAUCCCAGGAGUUGAAGGAAUCCCUGAAAAUGGAUUCUGCCCCAGCAGAGCAUCCACCCCAUGGGAAUGUUACAUCUUAUAAGAAGUCACUUAGAUUGUCUUCAGACCAAAUAGCAAAGUUGAAGCUCAGAGAUGGCCCUAAUGAUGUUGUGUUUAGUAUUACAACCCAGUAUCAAGGGACUUGUCGUUGUGCAGGAACAAUAUACCUUUGGAACUGGAAUGAUAAAAUCAUAAUAUCAGACAUUGAUGGAACAAUAACCAAGUCUGAUGCUUUGGGACAUAUCCUCCCUCAGUUUGGCAAGGACUGGACUCAUCAGGGCAUUGCAAAACUUUAUCAUUCCAUAAAUGAAAAUGGCUACAAGUUCCUGUACUGUUCCGCCCGUGCCAUUGGGAUGGCAGAUAUCACCAGAGGAUACCUGCACUGGGUGAAUGACAAAGGAACAAUUCUCCCCAGGGGCCCCCUCAUGUUGUCCCCCAGCAGUUUGUUUUCUGCCUUUCAUAGGGAAGUGAUAGAAAAGAAGCCUGAAAAGUUCAAAAUCGAAUGUUUGAAUGAUAUCAAGAAUUUGUUUGCUCCCAGUAAACAGCCUUUCUAUGCUGCUUUUGGAAACAGGCCCAAUGAUGUAUAUGCCUACUUGCAAGUGGGAGUUCCAGACUGCAGAAUAUUUACUGUGAAUCCAAAGGGUGAACUGAUCCAAGAACAGACUAAGGGAAACAAAUCCUCGUAUUACAGACUGAGUGAGCUUGUGGAAUAUGUGUUCCCAUUGAUAAAUAAAGAACAGAGUUCUGCAUUUCCAUGCCCAGAAUUCAGCUCUUUUUGCUACUGGAGAGAGCCUCUUCCUGACCUUAACAUGGAUGACCUGGCCUGAAAAGUACUUCUCAGCAGGAGAUGGAAUUUCAUAUUGAGCUACUCAACUUCAGUUUAAAUGUGAAGAACUUUAUUAAUGAGGAUGCUAAUUUAUAUAUUGGUACCGUAAGUCUUACUAAAGAAAUCACUUUAAUUUCAUUGGUUUGAAACAAAGAAAAUGCAAAGCUACUGGCUAUUUUUUGUGGGAGGAUGUGUGGAUUUUUGUGUUUGUUUGUUUAUUGCUUGUUAUUUUAUACCUGUUCUAAGGCACUUGAGAUUGGCCUGUUGUUGAUGGUCAUGGUACCCAAGUGCUUCAGGGCAACUAAAUGCUGAGAUAAACUAUGACUUUGCAUUUUCAUCAAUACAGACCUUAUUGUAAACAUAGAUUAUUCUUUUUAAGUUGUCUUAAGUAUAUUUUCUAAAAUGAAGCCAAAAAGCGUAUGGAAACUGCCAAAUAGAAUGUCAGACCUAUUAAUGAAAAACAUGGUUAAAUGUUCAGAUGGGCAUUUAGGCCAUUUUUGAAAGGAGCCAGAGCCUAAGACCACUGUGCUCUUUCUCAGCUAGAAUACAGAAAAUGUACAGACCUUACUAGCCUGCCAGAUUCUGAAGACAUGAAAUUCCUCUUUAAAUGUAAAUAUGCCUUUUGUUACAUGUGUAAGACUGGGCUUGUACAAAUCACACUCAAACUAAUUCUGCUUAUUACCUUUUUUUUUUUACACACAAUGUUUAUUUCAUGAGUUUGUGAAAAUGAAAGUUGUCUUCAGACACUUGUAUGGCUUUUGUUAUUUCCAGGCUGUGCUGGGUCAUGUUAAAUUUUCAUCAAGAAAAAUCUGGGAACAUUUCUGUAAGAGUUGGAGAACUGGCAUUUUUAUUUCCUUUUUCAGCACAGAGAUAGUGUGUACAUGUGUGUAUGCUGUGUAGGCCAGUAAAAUGUAUGUAUAGAUUAUAUUCAGGGAAUUGUAAUACUAAAAAAAAUUAUGUAUUUAAUUUUUUAAUUGUCUACUGCAGGUCUUUCCAGAGUUCUGUAUUGCAGGUUUUCAGUAGCUGGAAGAAAAUGCAACUCAAUAGUCAGAUUCCAGCUGUGAGAAUGGUUAAAUGCUGUAGAGCAGAAUACAACCUUUUUUUUUUUUUUUAAGUUUUGGGUUAUUCACAAAAAUCAUGCUGGUCAUUCCUCAGGUUCCAGUCAGAGCCUGUGAACAAAUUACAUUCCAGUUCUGGUGUUUAUCAGCUAUAAAAGCAGCUAAUUGUUCUUUCUCCAAAAGUACUUGAAGGCAAAGGUGGCUGCUUUUAAAGCUGAAUUAGUGCAUUUAACUUCUUUUGGACAGAACUAUGGUGAGAAUGUAUCAUUCCACCAGCCCAAAGGGCUUAAGGACUACAGUCAUUUAAACAUCAUGUAAACACCGGUUCACUCGGUUUUACUACCUGCAAAAGCAUACAUUUAGAGGAUUUUAUGCCCCUCCAGGAGUAUUUUUUUCUCCACAGUUCUGAUGUAACACCAGCUAACUCUGGACAAUUGGUGAACUACUGGGGGUGGCAUUUUGAAAUCAUUAUAUAAAUGAAAUUACUUUUUUCCCACAUUAUAAAAUUCUAAUGUAUUCCUGUAUUUAUAAAACACUGGAUAAAGAGUGGAGGCAAGCAAAAUCAACCUGGAAUCUCUUUCAGAGCAGAAGAAGGAGAGUGGGAUAAAAAAAGAUACUUACCUGUCACGGUGUGUUGUGCAUGUCAGUGAAUUGAAAGGCAUCCUCAUUUUUGUACUGUGAGAACAAUAAUUUCUGUGAUUCUUGGUCACCAGUCUACUCAGUGUUUAAGUGGCUAUCACAGGAUUUAACUCAAAGGAUAUUUUACUGCUUUUUUUCUUGUGUUUUUUUCAAUGUCAAAAGCUUGCAAAUAUCAUUGCUUGUGGGUUUUUUCCCUUUUCUUACCUUUUAUCCCAUAGAUUUCAUUAGUAACUAAAAUUUUCAUGAUCACCAAGUGCUUUGAAUAUCAAUGUGAUUUGAGCUUUUAAGUCACUUAAAUACUUUAAAAUGAAUAAAUAAGAAUCCAGCAUAAUAAAGUAUUUUAAUUAUGAGAUGAAAUAUUCUAUCUAAAGAUUCUAUUUUGCAUAAAGGGAGUGAAGCAGCUUUUCCUGAAACAGUCUUUUUGUGGAUGUCAAAAUUUGCUCUACCAUGCUUAAAUCUACUCUUGGUAGCCCUGGUAUUACACAGCUUUUCUAAAAAUGAAAGCACUUCAUGAAACCAUGAUGAGUUCCCACAUGGGACAGAUUGUUACCAUGGUUUGGCUGUGUCUUUUUUGGUUAAUAUUCUUUUUUCACUUGUUUGUGUUUGUCUUUUUUCCUUCAAUUCCCUUCAACUUUUCAGACUGUUGUAAAGAUAAGCUGUGGAUCAAGGUGGGGACUUGAGUAAAUGAGAAGCGUGGAAAAAUAGUAUCAGGUAUAUCUCCAAGUACAUAUACUUCCAGCUGGUAUGAAAAUAGGGGUUGUAUGAGUUGUGUUGAGAGCUCCUCAUUCUGCUAACAUGUCACUUUGUCACUUUGCAUUGUAGGAGUGUCCAAAAGGUUGUUUAAUUUAAAAAAUCGAUUUUUUUUUCUCUGUAACAGCUACAGUUUGAUACUUGUUUUUUGAUAAAAUGUAAAUGUUGUUGAGUCUUUCUGAUGUGAGUAGGGCAGGGGGCUUGUUUUUUCUAACUCUGGCUUGUAUUUGAAGCUUUUUAGAUUGUUUGUGAACCCCGUUUAGGGACAGAAAAUGGGGCCUGUGUUCUUGGGGCUGCUGGGCACUUUACUGACUCUAGAGCAGACAUCUCUUUGCUAUCAAACUGUGGGCUUGUGCCGCAAUAUUAAUGUGCAGGGGGGGAAAUAAUUAUGCAUUAGCCUGUCCUUUGUUACCUUAGUGGAGAGAAGUGGCCUGAAACUAAUGUUUGAGAACAAGUUGUGCUAUACCGAUGUAAAAUUAGCGCAAGCUACAUCAUUCUUUCUGUGAAAGAGGAACUUCUAAGUGUGCCUGGCUGUGGGCACACCACGCCCCUGUUGAGACUGUGUUGUUGAAGAUGCAGAUCCUCUUAGUGUUGGACCCCCUCAAAGGCUGAGUCAAUGACACCUGUCUGGGAGUAAAUAAGGAACAUUGCAAUCCAAAACUCGUUAGUGACUCGGACAUUACCCGUUUCUAUAAUGAUUUAAAGAUCAGCAGUUUUAAGGGUAUGCUUUUCUGGAUUUAAUGUUUUUUAUUGUUUACUGUACCAAGCAUGUUUGUACUUCAAAAGAUUGGGCUUUCAUUCCCAACGGUAUACAAAUGCAUGUGCAAUCCUGGCUCAUGUCUUCUUAACUUUCUGUCAUUCAGUAUAUGCCUUCCAAAACAAUUUUUUUUUUUCUGUUCAACUGGAAAAGUUUUAACACUUGUGUCAACUCCAUUAUGGAACUUCUGAAGCCAAUUCUGAAUCCAUUUAUGGUAAAUGCAAAAGAGAUGAGAUUUCAUGUUAAUAUUUCAUGAAAGUCUUCUAGAAAAUGCUGUCAUAUGAAUGAGUUGUUUGAAUGACUGUAAAGCAAAUUCCUAAUGGAACAUCACAGAUAGAGAAUUUGAGAUGCCUUUAAAGUGUCACUUUUGCCUGAAGAAAUUUUAGUUUCCAGAGUUAAAAUUUGCUAAAUAGAAAGGAAUUGUUUGGGACUUCUUUAGAGUGUUAAUUACUUCCAGAUGAAAGUUAAAAUGUUGGUUUAUUUUGAGGGUGGGAAAACUCUCUUCAGUUAUUUGUUUCAUUUUUUAUCUUGAAGAUGCGGAAUACUUGAUUGUUAAGCAACCCAAUCACUAAUAAGGUAGUGUGUUUAAAAUGUCAAAUCUGUGAUCAUACCAAUACAGUGGUUUCUGUUAAGACUGGACUGUCUUGGGUACAGCAACCCACACUUCAGUGCAAUGUUUAUUGGUGUUCUGAACAAUGUUAUCACAAUAAAAACAGACUUAAAGUGAAA